AUGUCUCAACAGUCGACGGGUUCGUUUUUCCAUGACAAGAGCAUAACUCUCGGGAGCCUCAUCGGAAUUUCCAACAUCCUCGAGCUUUCGAGAAGGUCGACGAGAGGUCGGCAAAUAACCGAGCCCGUGAGAAACAAGAAGAAUAAUUACAAGACAAGAACGUGGUUUUUGUCCUUAUGUUCGAGGCUAAGUACGGAUGCCGUUAGCACGAACAAUGCCCCGUCUCUCGGCCAUUUUCUCGAGGCCGAGAGACGAGCGGCGGGCAUUUGCAGAAGAAACCCUAGCGCGGGCCACUACGGGCCUGACGAUUUCUCACAUGCUCCCGAGCCCAAUAACCCGUUGUUUGUGGAAGGCCAAGUGGCGCCACCUGGGCUGGGCUCUUGGCCCGGCCCAGGUGGAGAGCCCGGGCUCGACGGGCAACCGUUGCUACUCUCGUGUUUAUGUGGGAAUCUUGCAAAUUGA